GAAAAUUCUGCCCGUUUCUCUUCCCACUGUGUGUGUCUGUGUGUUUUUUCUUUUCUUUUUUUUUUCCCUUUCAAUCAGAUAAUUUGACAAAAAAAAAUGGAAGAUAUAGAGGAUUUAUUAGCUGGAGGUGGUGGCGCUGGAGUGCCACCUGGGUUCCGGUUGCCGGUGGCGGGGGCCGUCGGUGUCAAUCCCAAACAGAAGAAGGAAAAGAUUACUCACACCAUUCCCAAAGCGUCCCUCAGUAUCCCAGGAACCCAGACAAUCUAUAUGAAGACUUUUGGGUGUUCACAUAAUCAGAGUGACAGCGAAUAUAUGGGAGGUCAACUUUCAGCUUUUGGUUAUGUUUUAUCUGAUGAUCCUGAUGAGGCUGAUCUCUGGCUUAUUAAUACCUGCACAGUUAAGUCCCCUAGUCAGUCUGCCAUGAACACCCUCAUUACAAAGUGUAGAAGUGCCAAGAAGCCUUUAGUAGUCGCAGGAUGUGUACCUCAAGGAAGUCGGGAUCUGAAAGAGCUGGAAGGUGUUAGUAUAGUUGGAGUCCAGCAAAUUGAUCGAGUGGUAGAAGUUGUGGAAGAAACAUUAAAAGGUCAUGAGGUGCGGCUGCUGACCCGCAGGACAUUACCGGCACUUGACCUCCCAAAGGUUAGGAAGAACAAGUUCGUGGAGAUUCUUCCUAUUAAUGUUGGCUGUUUAGGUGCUUGCACCUAUUGCAAGACGAAGCAUGCUCGCGGUCACUUAGGAAGCUAUACAGUUGAAAGCCUUGUGGGUCGUGUCAGAGCUGUAAUAGCUGAUGGAGUGAAGGAGAUCUGGUUGAGUAGUGAGGACACUGGAGCAUAUGGUCGUGAUAUUGGAGUUAAUCUUCCAAUUCUUUUAAAUGCUAUAGUCGCAGUUCUUCCUUCAGAUGGAAGCACAAUGCUUCGAAUUGGGAUGACAAAUCCUCCAUAUAUCCUUGAGCACUUGAAGGAAAUAGCUCAUGUAUUGUGUCAUCCAUGUGUAUAUUCCUUUCUACAUGUACCAGUUCAAUCUGGAAGUGAUUCAAUUUUGACAGCAAUGAAGCGGGAAUAUACUGUCAGUGAGUUCAGAACGGUGGUAGACACAUUGAUUGAAUUGGUCCCCGGAAUGCAGAUUGCCACCGAUAUUAUUUGUGGAUUUCCGGGUGAAACUGAUGAAGACUUUGCUCGAACUGUUGACCUCAUCAGAGAGUAUAAAUUUGCUCAAGUGCAUAUAUCGCAAUUUUAUCCUCGCCCUGGGACGCCGGCAGCAAGGAUGAAAAAAGUUCCGAGUACAGUGGUGAAGAAACGAAGUCGUGAAUUGACUACUGUGUUUGAGUCGUUUGUGCCAUACGUUGGAAUGGAGGGCAAAGUAGAAAGGAUUUGGAUUACUGAAUUUGCAACAGAUGGCGUUCACUUGGUGGGACACACUAAGGGAUACAUUCAAGUUCUUGUGAUCGGUCCAGAGACCAUGUUGGGGUUGUCAGCAAUGGCCAAGAUAACAUCUGUUGGUAGGUGGUCAGUUUUUGGGGAAGUGAUUGAGGUUCUUAACCAAGCAAAUGCAGUAGAGAGAAGUGUUGACCAAUUCUCGCAUUGCUCCAGUCUGGAUUCUUCUUGUUCAAAGGAACAGUGUGCUUGUGAAAUGACGAGUUGCUGUGGACAAGUUCAGGAGGUCGAAAAGAAAGUUUCAACCCCAAAGUAUGAAGCAAAGUUAAACCUUGUUGGUUGGGUAUUGAGGAAGCGGAAAAGUAACUCUCGUAUCAUGGAGAAGGGAAGUGCGAUGGAAUUUGAAGGAAACCAGAACAAGGCCCAAAAUUGCCUGCUUGAGUGGAGCGCUGUUGAUAAAGGUCUUUUAGGUGGCGUGCUUGUGAGCUUAUUGACAAUUUUGGCGCUCUCCUUGUACCUGGGGACUAGAAGUUUUUAACAUCUUCUGAAAAAUUGUUAUACUUCUAUAAAAAAAAAAAAAAAAAAAGGGUAGCCGGAUAUCUCAUUUUUGUGUGACUAAACCAGUGACAAACUUUUCAGUUAUUUGUUGCUGGCAGAGAGCAUAACUGGUGAUAUAGAUAUUCUGAGAGUUAAAUUAAUUGUAGCAUUUCCCUUGUGUAAUCAUACCAAUAAUUACA